UAGAGCGAGCUGCAGAGCAGGACGGAGCUGAGAGGCGCAGAGCUCCCGCGUUAUUAUUUUAGAGGUGUUUUUUCACAACAGCACAUCUGACACUGACCGGGGGGAACCGAAAGUAAAUAACUGAAACAUACCGUUACUUUUAUGUGUUUUUGAAGGUCGGCGCGUGUGAAGAAAAGGCGGAAAAUACAUAUGAGGAUUUGCUGUUGUGACAGUUUUCAGCUGCUCCGGGUUGGAGCAAAUAGGUGCGAGUCGUUCUUAGUGUUUCUCGGCUACAUUUCUACCAGGAGUUGAAUGACUCGAAGAGUUGGCUAGCCUACAUCGCCGAUAUGAGAGCUCAAAUAGAAGUGAUUCCCUGUAAAAUCUGUGGGGACAAAUCAUCAGGGAUCCACUAUGGUGUUAUCACCUGUGAAGGCUGCAAGGGUUUCUUUCGACGCAGCCAGCAGAACAAUGCUAUGUACUCCUGCUCACGACAGAGGAACUGUCUUAUUGACCGGACCAACCGUAACCGCUGCCAGCACUGCAGGCUGCAGAAGUGUCUCGCUCUGGGUAUGAGUCGUGAUGCGGUCAAGUUUGGUCGAAUGUCCAAAAAGCAGCGUGACAGCCUGUAUGCAGAAGUCCAGAAGCACCAGCAGUCCCAGGAGUGUGUGGGGCAUGGUGCUCGCGAGGAAAAUGGUGACAUGGCCGACCAUGGCCGCACCUACAGAAGAGGCUCCAACACCGCGCUCAGUGAUCUAGACGACAUUACCAUGCUGCCAGAGGGCCUGCUUUUCGACCUGCCGCUGACCCCAGAGGAUGCAGGUGGAGACUACUGUAACCUGGACAUGCUGGGCGGCAGUGCAGGCAGCAGCUCAUCCUCUCAGAGUUCACCAGAACAGACCAACCUGGACUUUGUAGAAGGCAACCACAGCAUCAAGCAUGAGUACCAGCUGUUGCAUGACUCUGGACUUUUUUCACAUGCUAUCCUCAACCCGCUGCCUGAGAGCUGCUCCCUGCUUGAUAUAGAGCGUAUUACUCAGAGCGUGGUGAAGUCCCAUGUCGAAACAAGUCAGUACAACACAGAGGAGCUGAAGAGAAUGGCGUGGACCUUAUAUAGCCCAGAUGAGACACGCUCAUACCAAAUCAAGUCAGCUGAGGUGAUGUGGCAACAAUGUGCUAUUCACAUCACAAAUGCAAUCCAGUAUGUGGUGGAGUUUGCCAAGCGCAUCUCUGGCUUCAUGGACCUCUGCCAGAAUGAUCAGAUUAUCCUCCUCAAAGCAGGCUGCAUGGAUGUUCUUCUCAUCCGUAUGUGUCGGGCCUAUAACCCCAUCAAUAAUACACUGCUCUUCGAUGGAAAGUUUGCCACUGCUCAGCUUUUCAAAGCUCUUGGCUGUGAUGACCUUGUGAAUGCGGUGUUCGACAUGGCUAAAAGCAUGAGUCGUAUACAGAUGUCAGAGGAGGAGAUGGCUCUGUUCAGUGCUGCUGUGCUGCUCUCGCCAGACCGACCCUGGCUUACAGAUGUUCAGAAGGUACAGAAGCUGCAGGAGAAAGUCUACGUGGCUCUGCAGCGCUGCUUACAAAAAGAUGGAACAUCAGAGGAGAAACUUGCUAAGAUGGUGUCUAAGCUUCCCAUAAUGAAGUCAAUCUGCAACCUUCACAUCGACAAACUGGAGUUUUUCCGUCUCGUUCACCCUGAGACAGCGUAUACCUUUCCUCCUCUGUACAGGGAGGUCUUUGGCAGUGAAAUCACCUUCCCAGACUCCACAGAGGGCUAGCACCAUUUAGCUAAACAGCCUGAUUCAAAUAAAGACAUUGAGAUGUAGGGAGGGGGAGACAGAAAAAAUGUGGCAACCAGCUGAGGCAAAACCAACCAGCAGCUCUAUGACAAUCCUGCACACUACACUUUAGGACACACUCCUCUCACCUCCCGCCCUGCAAGCUAGUCCUUUCAGCUUCAGUGUAACACCACAGGAACUGCUGCUGGGUGCUCAGCGCAUGUUACCUCUUUUUUAUGGAGUUAAAGAAACUACUAAACAGUAGCCUACGCAGUUUGUAUUCUCAAAAAUAUUUUUCUAUGACGAGACCUUAAACCUCUCAUCAUGUUGAAUUCCUUUCUAAUAAUAAUCAAUUUGACUUUCACCGUUCUCCAAGUUCCUGUAAGCUAUUGUUGAAUGUACCCCCCUUUUUGCCUGAACCGUUGAGCACAGCCCUGGGCUUGAUAUAGAAUGUACAUACUUAAAAUCCUCAGCCAUUUUGUUGAUGUUUGCAGUAACCAUGCCUGGUUCAUUUUUCAAUCUAGUAACAGUUUCAGUCAAUAUUUUUGGCAGCGCCCAUAUUUUGCAGUUUUGUAACAUAUGAACAAACUGUUUAAAGGGACCAUGGUCAAACUCACAAACAGACAGGGUUUUUUUUUUAAACUGUGUGAAUCAUGGGCGAACACUCAAGAGUGUCUGGCACCAUGUACCUACAAACUCACAGCACAAACAUAGCACUUAUCCUGACCUUUGUAGGCAUUUUUACUAGCACACUCAGACACUGAUGUAAGUGUAGUUGUUUUUUUUUUGUUUGUUUGUUUGUUUUAAACACAAUCGAUGACCUCAGUCCUAAUACCUUUUCCCUUUGCAGUUGCCACUUACAGAGUGGGAGUGAGCGAAUCACAGCGGUAUUGUGAAAAUAUUUUCAAUGUUUCUUUCUAUAUAUAUGACACCUAUAUAAUCGUUUAAGAUAGAGCAGGAGCAGGUUAAUGUUGUGCUUAUGCUCAGGUCUAUCAAACAGAUACUGCCUGCCUGUGGUUCUGGGAUGGAAAGAGUAUUCAUGCUGAAAAGAAAACUUUUUCAUAAUAAGCACUUAUAUGACCUUGUUGGAAUUCAAAAUGAACCCACGGCACAGGAUUUUACGGGUUUGCACUCCAUCUGUGAAAAUUGUGUUACACCAGCUUUCAUGGAGGAGCAUGUGGAUCAGUCACAGAUCAGCCGCCCUCCGCAGAAGAGUGCCGUCGCCCCAAACCAUCCAGCAACGACUCAACCAGCAGGUUCAAAAAGACUUCUGGAGUAAAGACAAAAACAUGAACUGAGAGUUUGAUGUGACAGUUCACAUCACAUUGUCACAUUGUCACCUGCAUACUUGGAUGAUGGGCAAAGGGCGGAGUGGACAGGUGGGUGAUAUUGUUAUUUAAGCUCCUUAGACAUCACUUAGAGGGGAUUCACUGUCUGCGCCAACUCUCACUGCUUUGGGGUCAGUGGGCAGACAGCGCUGUUGGGGCCAGCCAAGGUUUUCUGGUUGUACAAUUAAACCCUCAGUUUCCCCACUCCCUUACUACCUCACCCUCUUCAAACACUACAUGGCACAGCAAAGGGUUCACAGAGCCAUCAGCUACCCCCCUGAGUUAGUAUUUCUGCAUUCAUACUAGAGAGCUUCUUUACAAAUAUAACAAGUAGUGGUGAAAUUUGAAGGGAAGACCAGUUUUGACUAAACUAUCCUAAAUUGUAAUUUUAUGCUCUUAAAACUGUACAGAAAUGCUUGAUCUACUUAUACUACCUAUACUCUCUGACUGCUUCUCUGUCAUUUGAGAGUGGUUCAUGCCUUUAGGUCCAGGAAGCCCCACUUAGAUACAGAUCUAUGUGAAGAAAGGUCUCUGGAGACACACAAGGGUGUAUCUAUAUGAAACCUUUUCCUUCAGUUUAUGGGGUCAGACUGGAUUUCUGUUGUUUUUUUUGUUUUGUUUUUUUAAGUUUCUUGCUAACAGCAUCCUAAACAAGACAGUUUUAUCUUAAGUAUUUUAAGACAAUCACAUGGCAUAUGUUGGAGCUCCAUUUAAUAUGUCAAACAUACUUGCUUUGCACUGCUGGGAUAGUGCUGUUCGCCAUACACUAUAUUAUCUCAAAUAGUAUGAAGGGGUAUUAGCCUUUUCUGGGUACGUACAACAGUGGCAUGGUGGGAUUGUGCAAUAAUGUCUUUCCCAUUGUUCUCAGUAUGUUGGGCCUUUGUUGCCAUGUAUUACAGUUAAUAUUUUCACAAGCACUCCAGCACAGUUAACCUCACAGCACAAUGCAUUAUGCUAUUUAGAAUAUAAUGUACCAAAUAACACAGGCUGGCUAUCAGCUCACACUUACAGAUUGUGACAAAGUGCAAUACUUUGUACAUAGAGUCCUAGAAUGAUAGACAUGCUGAUUUUAAAAGAGUCAGUACACUUUAAUUAGCAGUUCUGCCAGCUGCCCAGGGGGCAGUCCUGAAGAUCUGCACUGACAUUUCUGUUUAGAGUUACUCAGGGAGAUAGCUGGGCUCUCUGUCCUUCAGUGUCUGCAGUUAGUCUAGCUAACGAGACACCUUGCACCAACAUAGAAGACCUUAAAACCUUGAUCACUGUGUACAGUACAUGUUCUUGUGAAUGUUUGAUUUCAGAAGUAUCAAAGAUUUUACCCCUGUCUGAUAUCAUUAUUGCAAGACUUAUUUUGAGUUUGAGUCGUAGAUGAAAUAGGAUAUUAAAAAAUAAAUAUGGUAAAAUAAAUAUAAAAGAUAGAUUAUAAUCUCUGAAUCUUGUGUUGGUUUUGUUGUGAUCUUUUGUUUCUUAAUUUUUAUCCCUAUAUGUACUUUUUUCUCAUCAGUUUAGUGUCCUUUUUGUCUUGGAGAGAUGUAAUUCUAUUUUUUUAAAGAGCGUUUUUAAAGAUGUCUCCCUGAAAUUUUCUCUUUUGUCAUGAUCCUUCUGUUUAUGAUAUGUUCACUCUAUUUUAAGAUUCUAAUUAUUAAAUCAAUAUAGAUUUUAAUAAGAAGUAAUUUAUGUUAUGGAUAUAAAGCCCAAGAGGCUUUAACACAGUAAAGUGUUAUUGCACAAUGGUGAUACAAUAUGUGGAUUUAAGAAUGUAAUAAAAGUCUUUUUUCAGUUAAA